AUGUUGGUUGGAGCUGGUGGAAAUGCUGGCGGUCAAAGUACCGUCCUGGUGGUGAGACGCCUUGCUUUGGCUACGCAUGCUACGUUUCGUUCGAAAAAAUCUGACAAAGUGGAUGCCUUGACAUUUCGUCGGAUCAUAAUACCCGAGAUCUUGGUGGGUGCCAAACUGGCUGCGGUCCUCUUUGGAGCCGCAUUUUUGCGUUGUGCAAUUUUUAAGGUCUAUGGGGCUGAAUGUAUUGCUAUUUGUUUGUCCAUGCUGGUGAUUGUAUUCACAUCGACUGCCCUGGGAGCUGCCUUGCCUCUCUUUUUGAGCCAACUUGGUGUGGAUCCAGCACAUGCAGGUGCCACCAUUCAAGUGUUGAUGGAUGUCAGCGGAGUGGCGUUGACUUGUGUGAUCUCCAGUGCUGUUCUGGGAUUUCAGGGGACCGCCAACGUCCAGAAGUCUACUUCUGUCACGACCUCGCCAGCCGCGACCCUUCAAGGUCUUCAGGUGGGAUCACGGAAUUUGAGUUCCUUUGGCACAGCAGGUGGGCAACCCUAA